AAGUGUCAUUUACCGGCAAAUUGCAGCUGCAUUGCAAAUUCUGGCGAAAUAGUUGUAAAUUGUGCAAUAUAAACUUAAAAACAAUCAACUUACGAAAUAGAUUUAACAAAACGUUCCGUACGUACUACUGAAAAUGGUCGUCCGACCCUAUGUCGAGGAGCUGAAGUAUCUGGAGAAGAUAAAUGACCACUGCUGGCGCAUCAAGAAGGGCUUUCAGCCCAACAUGAACGUAGAAGGUGUCUUCUACGUCAACAGCCGCCUGGAGAAGCUCAUGCUGGAGGAACUGAAAAACUCGUGCCGCCCCGGAGCCGUUGGUGGCUUUUUGCCAGGCGUCAAGCAAAUUGCAAAUGUGGCCGCGUUGCCGGGAAUUGUGGGCCGCUCAAUUGGACUGCCGGACAUACACUCGGGCUAUGGUUUUGCCAUUGGCAACAUGGCUGCUUUUGAUAUGGAUGACCCGCUGUCAGUGGUCAGCCCCGGUGGCGUCGGUUUCGACAUCAAUUGUGGCGUGCGUCUGCUACGCACCAAUCUUUACGAGAAGGAUGUGCAGCCGGUUAAGGAGCAGCUGGCUCAAUCGCUAUUCGAUCAUAUACCAGUGGGAGUAGGAUCCAAAGGCAUUAUACCAAUGAAUGCCCGCGAUCUGGAGGAAGCACUUGAGAUGGGCAUGGACUGGUCGUUGCGCGAGGGCUAUGUGUGGGCAGAGGACAAAGAGCAUUGCGAGGAGUAUGGUCGAAUGCUCAGCGCCGAUCCGGCCAAGGUCAGCAUGCGCGCCAAGAAACGUGGCCUACCCCAGCUGGGCACCCUGGGCGCUGGCAAUCACUAUGCCGAGAUUCAAGUGGUGGACGAAAUCUAUGACAAGUGGAGUGCCUCCAAAAUGGGCAUAGAAGAGAAGGGCCAGGUGGUCGUCAUGAUACACUCGGGCAGUCGCGGCUUCGGUCAUCAGGUGGCCACUGACGCCCUAGUGCAGAUGGAGAAGGCCAUGAAGCGCGACAAGAUCGAAACCAACGAUCGCCAAUUGGCCUGUGCCCGCAUCAACUCCGUCGAGGGCCAGGAUUAUUUAAAGGCUAUGGCUGCGGCGGCCAAUUUUGCAUGGGUAAAUCGCAGUUCGAUGACCUUCCUCACACGUCAGGCCUUUGCCAAGAUGUUUAACACAACGCCGGAUGAUCUGGACAUGCACGUCAUCUACGAUGUUUCGCACAACAUUGCCAAGGUGGAGAAUCACAUUGUCGACGGCAGGGAGCGAAAGCUGCUGGUACAUCGCAAGGGCUCCACGCGCGCCUUCCCGCCACACCAUCCAUUAAUACCCGUCGACUACCAGUUAACCGGGCAACCGGUACUAGUCGGCGGCACAAUGGGCACCUGCAGCUACGUCCUAACCGGCACCGAGCGCGGCAUGCAGGAGACCUUUGGCAGCACCUGCCACGGCGCGGGUCGCGCUCUAUCACGCGCCAAGUCGCGUCGUAAUUUGGACUACAAGGAGGUACUGGAUAAACUGGAGCAAAUGGGCAUUGCCAUACGCGUAGCUAGUCCAAAACUAGUCAUGGAGGAAGCACCCGAGGCGUACAAGGAUGUCACCGACGUCGUGGACACCUGCCACGCGGCAGGCAUCAGCAAGAAGUGCAUUAAAAUGCGACCCAUUGCAGUUAUCAAAGGCUGAAUCCCCCACUACCUUUUAUUAUUAUAUGGAAACACGUGCUUGAUAUUAAAUCGAUGGAAUAUACCUUAUCGAGAAUUUAUUCUUAUACCGUUGAUUCUUCAAAUAGGGGAAGACGAAAUAAUAUAGAUGCGAGAGACAGAUUCAUAUCAGGCGAGUCAAUUUAACCCUGCUCAGCUCUCUGUUUGUAUACAUUAAUCUGAGAGAUCUUUCCUAGCGAUAUUUUUUAAACUUUUUUAAUGAUUAAGCCAUUAUUGACUUACGUAUGUAAGUUUUUAGAAAGACUUCGAAAAUCCUAAAAAAUUUAUAUUGACCGAAUAAAUUAUACUUAAAAUAUUAUUGAAA